CGAAUGUACUACGUGUCUUAAUUGGCCGUAGAACUGGACUCUCGUCUGCAAGGGCACUUUUCUCGCUGUGUGAGCAAAAGCGCGUUGCACUGAGAGCGUUUUUUCCGGUCUGUCCGCGCGUUACUUUUAUAGCUGCUGGCUGUAUCUCUUCAGAUGCGCAAUAACUGCUUAUCAGCUGCAAGCAAGUACGAAAAGGGAGGAAAAAAACAACAAAACAAAUAAAAGGCAGAGCACGUGCACGUGUUUGGGGGAUUGCCCUCUCGACAAUGGGCACGUAGAAACGUCUAGCUGGGCGACCGCUGGAAUUCAUUGCGACGCGCCGAUAUCGCUGAGUGGCUCUCCUUCGGGCAAAGAUAAAACGCGAAUAAAGAGCGCGCCCCGUCUAAUCAGGCGCGCGCUUCGCACUCCUGUCCAAAUAGGGCUGCGGCGACAAGCUCAUGAAUGGCUGGGAACGCGCUCGGCGAACGCAAUCCAUUAUUCGGGCUACAGAUGUUAAAAACGUGCCUCGCGUGGCGGCCGCGACAGUUUAGUUCAAAAGCGGCAGACGACAUAUGUGCGUUGUUUUGCCGCAACAUAUGCCGCCGCCGUGGGGGAGGUGAGGAGUCCAUUGCGGGACGACACCGCCGGUGGCUCCACCUGUCGCCGCAGCGCAAGUGAAGGGCGGACGGGCGCGCACGCACGCAGGCAGGUGCACGCGACCGCACUUUUGCUGGAGGGGGAGAGCGCCGCCGGCUGCGCCGCCGUUUCCGCUCGCCGGCGCACGCAGCGGGUCGCGUGAGGCGUUGACGUCAGCGCUGGCACGUGAGCGGCGGCGUGACGCGCCGCGUGACCGGCGCCGCAGCAGACCUCGUCGGCGGCAGAGCGCAGGUUGGCUAUCGUGGCACACGGCAGCGGCGCGAGCAGCGCAAUGGACGCCGGCUGGGAACAAGCGCUGCGGCUCAAAAUGGAACAGCGGAGCCUCAACUUCUGCGCCCUGGAACGGCGGCGGCCCCAGGCGGGCGACAUGCUCGAGGACGCCGAGGAGCUGGGCCGCAAGAAGGCCGCCCGGGUGAGUGUGCCCAGCAGGAGGGCCUGGACGAGCCUCUGCGGGAGACGUGGUGCCCGGGAUUGCAGUCCAAGCUGCGGACGCCCCCGCCCAGGAGCCCGCCGCUUGGACUGGGAUCGAGGGCACCACCGCUUCGGCAGAGACCCCAUGUCUCACCGGAUCAUCGAAAAGCGGCGCCGAGACCGCAUGAACAACUGCCUGGCCGACCUGAGCCGCCUCAUUCCAGCCGUCUACCUCAAGAAGGUAGCUGCCGCGCGCGCACUCACGGGCUACCACCGGCCCACAUGGAGCGCCCCCUCGCGCAUUGGCCGCCCUCUCAGAUGCUUGUCUCGCUUGUGUGUCGUCUCGCUCAGUGAAGUCCGGCAGCUGUGUGCUCUCUGUCGCAGCACAGGUGCGGCGCAAGAGAGCGGCCUUUCUUGCAGCAGGUGAACGCACAGCUCCCGUAGGCUGGCACCAAACGUAAAUGUCUUGUGUCGUCACGUCACAC